UCAACCUUUCUGAUAAAUCAAAUUUCGACUUUGUUUUGCGCGUGAGUAGACAUGUAGUAGAAGGACAGACAGUCCAAAUAAUAUAUUCGGACUAAUUUUCUGCUGACCAAGGUACUGUGAUGUGCUUACAUUAAGUGCAAAUUAAUGUUCAUAACUUCUACUGCUUCGUCCGUUUUGUGAAAAGUAAGGUUCAUUCUACCCACAAACAAGUUCAUACAAUCAAAUACCCUAAUGUAUGCGCAUAAAUAGCUUAGUUUUUAUUUGGAACAAAUCAGGUGGUGUUAGUCCUCUACUUUAAAUAAGACUAUCUUAUCGUCUGUAACUUAACAACACUUGAAGUUUUCUCAAGAGGACAAAAACUUGAAAAAAAUGCCGGGACUGAAAGCUGUCAUAAAAAGUGUUGAUAUGCCUGACGAAAUGCAACAGGAUGCUGUGGAUAUGUGUGCUAUGGCGCUGAAAAAGUACACACUAGAAAAGGACAUAGCAGCUUUUAUGAAAAAAGAAUUCGAUCGAAAGUAUUUACCAACCUGGCACUGUGUAGUCGGAACUCAAUUUGGCACGUAUAUAUCACAUGAAGCAAAGCAUUUUAUCUAUUUUUUCUUGGACAAUCAUGCUGUAGUUUUAUUUAGAACUGGAGCAGUAAACUGAGUUGGAAAUGGAGAAACAUCCUGUUGAAUUUUUAUACGUUUACGGUCAGAUCUGCAAAUUCAUGUUAAAAACUGUUGUAUUUUUCUAAAUAUUUCACAAGCUUUGUUUUAAUUUGAACAUAUGCAUUUCCUGAAUAUUUUGCUCACUUGUAAUAACAAUGUGGAACAAAGGUGGAAAUUGUUAAAUGCAUAUACAAAUAUAUGUCUUUCUUUUCUAUGUUCCAUAGAGUCAGUUUAUAUCACUGACCUUAAAGAGCAGUGAAAUACUAUUUGCAGAUCUCUGUGUAAACGUUAUCAUCUAUUUUGUGCGUUUUUCUAUGCAAAUAAGAAUCCAUAACCAGAGUAUUUUUCUUUUGGCUUCCAUAUGAAUGCUAG